UCGACCUAAAAGUUUUACGACUCAAAUUGCUUUUUCUUAUAACUUUAUUUUCGAACCAAAAGCAUGUUGUGAAACAAUAUGAAAACGUGGACCAUAGCUUUUGUAAUAAGCACCAUCAUUUGUAUUGCUAAUGGAUAUUUCACUAGGCCAUCACGGUAUCGUCGUGAGGUUGGAGGAACUCUAGAAAUCGUCUCCAAGAAUGUCCAGCCUAUCCACGCUGACGUCAAAUCGGAGAUGACCGUCACUGAGCAGCUUACGUCUGGGAGUACUCGCUGCACCUUUGAAUCACCUACUGAAACUACUGAAGUACCGUGCUCGACAGGCUACGUUCCUUCGCAAAUCGAGCCGGGGAUAGUUUUUAAGGUCACACCUCCAGCCACCAUCUUCCAGCAGUCACUCCGAAAAUCUCUUCCAGUUCCUAGCAGAUUAGAGUUGAUAAGAAGCAUCAGUCGCUUAGCAGCCGUGGUUGCGCUAGCGUUCACAGCUCUAGUGGAAUUGUACCCUGCGUUAGCCCAUCUUGUUAACACUUUAUAUAGCUUUAUUGUUUAAAUAACUACACUUUGUACAACUGUUGUUUUAUUGUCAUUUCCUCAUGCUGUUAGAUAUUCUCUAGUCACAUGAGAAAGUAAAUUAUUUACCUAAAAACAUA